AUCUUUAUCUUAAUCCAUAUUCAUAACUGCAAGUCUGAUUGUGUCUGUGUUAGGUUUCAUCUUGAUUAUAUUCUGUUAGGACCAGUUCAUCUGUUAGGGUUUGGAAUCUUCAUGUUCGGCUCAUUGGAACAAUGAUGCUUUCGCGAAUCGCACGCUCCGUAUCUAAGUCAUCUCCCUCGACGGUUAAUCGAGGAUUAAUUUCUGGUGGUUAUGGGGUAAGGACGAAGGUUUUGGAUGAAUUGGCGGCUCAAAGUACGUGCAUUGCACGCGUUGAAGGCGGAAUAGGGUUUGUGAGAAGCUAUUUGACGUCUGUUGGAGCUGGAAAGGGGAUUAUUAACAGAGCUUAUUUAUCAGAUGUUGAUUCCAUUUUCACGAACCCGAGACUUCGUAGGCUUUUUUGCAGUCAAGCUCCUAAAAAGAAAAACUAUGAAAACUAUUAUCCGAAGAACAAGAAAGAAAUUCCAAAAACAAACAACCAAAAAUCAGAGUCUGGAAGAGAGGAUUCAAGUUCAGGUCAGCAAGGAAGCCCUCAGGACAACUUUUUGAAGCAAUAUCAAAACUUAAUCACAUCUUUGCUCUUCAUUGGAUUUGUUUUAUCCUCAAUGGUUUUGAGUCCACGUACCCAGAAUGAGAUUAGCUUCCAAGAGUUCAAAAAUAAGCUGCUUGAGCCUGGUCUUGUCGAUCACAUUGUUGUUUCAAACAAAUCAGUGGCAAAAGUUUAUGUGAAGACAUCUGCACCCACAACUAAUCAAAGUGGUAGUGAUACUGUUCUUGGUCCAACAACAGAUACCAAUGGUAGAAGAAAUGUCAGCCAGUACAGAUAUUAUUUUAAUAUUGGAAGUGUUGAAUCAUUUGAAGAGAAGAUUGAGGAAGCACAAGAGGCAUUAGGAAUUGAUCCUCAUAAUUUUAUUCCUGUGACAUAUGUCAACGAAUUGAAUUGGUUCCAAGAAAUAAUGAGGUAUGGUCCUACAGUAUUGCUUCUAGCAACCCUUAUCUUUAUGGGACGGAGAAUGCAGGGUGGGAUCAGUGUUGGAGGUCCUGGUGGAAAAGGUGGCCGUGGUAUAUUUAAUAUUGGUAAAGCCCAUUUCACUAAGAUGGACAAAAAUUCAAAAAAUAAGGUUUUUUUCAAAGAUGUGGCUGGAUGUGAUGAGGCAAAGCAAGAAAUCAUGGAAUUUGUGCACUUUCUAAAGAACCCCAAAAAAUAUGAAGAAUUAGGAGCCAAAAUUCCCAAGGGUGCUCUUCUUGUGGGUCCUCCUGGUACUGGAAAGACACUUCUAGCUAAAGCCACGGCAGGAGAAUCUGGUGUGCCUUUUCUCUCCAUCUCUGGGUCAGAUUUUAUGGAGAUGUUUGUUGGAGUUGGGCCUGCUAGGGUUAGGAGCUUAUUUCAAGAGGCAAGACAGUGUGCACCUAGUAUAAUUUUCAUUGAUGAGAUUGAUGCGAUUGGCAGAGCAAGGGGACGUGGUGGUUUUUCAGGUGGGCAUGAUGAACGUGAGAGCACAUUAAAUCAGCUUUUGGUGGAGAUGGAUGGAUUUCAGACCACAUCAGGUGUGGUUGUGCUUGCUGGGACAAAUAGGCCUGAUAUUCUUGACAGAGCCCUGUUGAGGCCAGGUCGUUUUGAUCGUCAAAUUUCAAUAGAUAAACCUGACAUUAAAGGCCGUGAGCAAAUAUUCCGAAUAUAUCUGAACAAGUUGAAACUUGACCAAGAUGCAUCAUAUUAUUCACAACGGCUUGCUGCUCUGACACCAGGAUUUGCUGGGGCAGACAUUGCAAAUGUUUGCAAUGAAGCUGCUUUAAUUGCCGCAAGGAAUGAGAGUACCCUGAUAACUAUGGACCAUUUUGAGUCAGCAAUAGAUAGGGUAAUUGGUGGUCUUGAGAAGAAGAACAAGGUCAUAAGCAAGCUGGAAAGGAGAACAGUUGCUUACCAUGAAUCUGGCCAUGCAGUUGCUGGUUGGUUCUUGGAACAUGCAGAACCAUUGCUCAAAGUGACAAUUGUUCCACGUGGUACUGCAGCCCUUGGGUUUGCUCAAUAUGUUCCUAAUGAAAAUCUUUUGAUGACAAAAGAACAACUCUUUGAUAUGACAUGCAUGACACUUGGUGGUCGAGCAUCUGAGCAGGUUAUGCUGGGGAAGAUAUCUACAGGAGCACAGAAUGAUUUGGAGAAAGUCACCAAGAUGACAUAUGCCCAAGUGGCAGUGUAUGGUUUCAGUGACAAGGUUGGUCUGCUUUCCUUCCCUCCAAAUGAAAAUGCAUUUGAGAUGAGCAAGCCUUACAGCAACAAAACUGCUGCCAUCAUUGACAAUGAAGUUAGAGAAUGGAUUGCAAAGGCUUAUGAAUGCACAGUCCAGCUCAUAGAGGAGCACAAGGAGCAUGUAGCUCAGAUUGCUGAAUUGUUACUUGAGAAGGAGGUCUUGCAUCAAGAGGAUUUGGUUCGGGUACUCGGCGAACGCCCAUUCAAGAGUAGUGAGCCCACAAAUUACGAUAGGUUCAAGGAUGGAUUUGUAGAAGACAAAGAAACUGAAGCUAAAGAUACAGCUGAGAAUAAGAGUACAAAGGAUGAUGACUCGUCACCUCUCCAGCCAGAGGUUGUUCCUGUAUAGUCUAUUGUGACUUGUAAGUGAGAUCAUUGAGGUAUCUUUGAUAUUUGCCUACUCUGCACUCACUGAAGUUAUAUAAACUAUCAAUCCAGCUAUCAAUGACAAGCAAGUUUGGAGUUUUUGCAUGGUAUUAUACUAUUACUCGUAACAAAUAAAAAUGAAAAAACAAAUCUAUUUGCCUCA